AUGAACGCAUCCCUUCGACCGGCCAUCAUCGAUCCGUGGACAUUACGCAACCCAGCGGGACUGGCUAAAUCUCUCGGGUGCGAUGCUCGCCCCGAAAUGAAGCAUCUUCGCAAGAUAUUUGCCAUAAAAAGCACGUACCUUACGCUCUGGCACGCCGCAAAGGACCUAAACGGUUGCUGCGUUUACUCGCAGCUGGCCAAUCUGCUGCAAAACUUUAUCCAGUGCACGUGCGACCUGUACUCGCUGUACGCGCUGCUUUAUCUCAAUCAGUUGGGCGAUAUUUUCGGUUUCAUACUCAGCAUCGUGGCCACAUUUACCGCCCUCGGUAUCGUGCUGGCGGCGUGUGAAAACUGCAAGAACCAGGUUGGCCAGAUGGGACAGUUGCUGCACAAACGACGCGGUGAUGAGACAGAUCUGCUCGCGAAAAUGAUCGAAAACUUUUCACUACUGCUGCAUCACACACCGAUCUAUUUCUCACUUGGUGGAUUUUUCGAUAUGGAUUUUGUGCUCCUGAAAGAGAUAGCAGCCGCUAUUACCACGUACAUGGUCAUCUUCAUACAGUUUAUGCCGAAGGAGGAACCGGGAACGGAUCCGACGACCGGAUCCCCAAACAACCUGCAGCUGACUAAUGGUACACUCCCUGCGAAGCCUGAAUAA